AUUUGAAGGCAUCACAGCCCCACCUCCCCCGCGCUGGAGGUGAUUAGGGGACGCUGGACUAGCCCAGAGACGCCGCUCCAGCCACUCCCUACGCCCGGCGGACCCUGCGCUCUCAAGUCCAUCCAGAGCUCCUUUCAAAGUGCUGAGAGAUCCAGAUGAGAGCCGCGUUCCGCCUCAUCCAGCACAGCAGACACGAGUUAGACUGAAGGCAGCGGCGAAGGGCUGAAUUCAGGAGCCACUCCACACUUGGAGAAACACUUCUGGGGUCCUACUUUUGUCCGCAGAGUGGAUUUAGGACGAGAGGGGGAUCAACUCUUGCAGAGAUAAGAGGGGGGGGACACCUGCAGCCAAAAUGGAGGUGAAGACGUCACUUCUAGACAACAUGAUUGGGGUCGGCGACAUGGUCCUCCUAGAACCCCUGUCUGAAGACUCCUUCAUCGAGAACCUGAGGAAGCGCUUUGACCACAAUGAGAUCUACACAUACAUUGGCAGUGUGGUGAUCUCCAUGAACCCCUACAGGUCCCUGCCCAUCUUCACGCCAGAAAAAGUGGAGGAGUAUCGCAACAGGAACUUCUAUGAGCUUAGUCCACACAUCUAUGCUUUGGCAGAUGAGGCCUACCGUUCACUGAGGGACCAGGACAAGGACCAGUGCAUCCUCAUCACAGGGGAGAGUGGUGCUGGGAAAACCGAGGCCAGCAAGCUGGUGAUGUCAUACGUGGCAGCGGUGUGUGGGAAGGGCCAGGAGGUGAAUAAGGUCAAAGAACAGCUGCUGCAGUCCAAUCCCGUGCUGGAGGCCUUUGGAAAUGCCAAAACAGUGAGGAAUGACAACUCUUCCAGAUUUGGAAAGUACAUGGACAUUGAGUUUGACUUCAAAGGAGAUCCUCUGGGUGGAGUCAUCAGCAACUAUCUGCUGGAGAAGUCGCGUGUGGUGAAACAGCCGAGAGGAGAGAGGAAUUUCCACGUCUUUUAUCAGCUCCUUUCUGGCGCCUCAGAUGACACACUCAAGAAGCUGAAGCUGGAUCGGGACUUCAGCAAGUACAACUACCUGAGCCUGGACUCUGCCGUGGUCAAUGGGCUGGAUGAUGCAGCCAACUUCAGGACAGUCAGAAAUGCCAUGCAGAUCGUGGGCUUCAUGGAGGACGAGGUGCAGUCGGUGCUGGAGCUGGUGGCAGCCGUGCUAAAGCUCGGCGACAUUGAGUUCAAGCCAGAGUCGCGCUGUAACGGCACCGACGAGAGCCGCAUCAAAGACAAAAACGAUUUGAAGGAGAUGUGUGAGCUGCUGGGGAUCGAACAGUCGGUGCUGGAAAGAGCGUUCAGCUAUCGCACAGUGGAGGCGAGGCUGGAGAAAGUUUCCACCACCCUGAACGUGGCCCAGGCCUACUAUGCCCGAGACGCCCUCGCCAAAAAUCUCUACAGUCGUCUGUUUAGCUGGCUAGUUACCAGGAUCAACGAAAGCAUUAAAGCACAAACUAAAGCUCGCCACAAGGUCAUGGGUGUGCUCGACAUCUAUGGCUUUGAGAUCUUUGAGGACAACAGCUUUGAGCAGUUCAUCAUCAACUACUGCAACGAGAAGCUGCAGCAGAUCUUCAUCGAGCUGACCCUGCGUGAGGAGCAGGAGGAGUACGUCCGAGAGGGCAUCGAGUGGACCAACAUUGAAUAUUUCAACAACGCUAUUAUCUGCGACCUCAUUGAGAAUCACCAAAAUGGCAUCUUGGCCAUGCUGGACGAGGAGUGCCUGAGGCCGGGCACCGUCACAGACGAGACCUUCCUGGACAAACUGAACACCAUCUGCGCUGAACACCAGCACUUUGAGAGCCGCCUCAGCAAGAACUCCAAGUUCCUCACCGACCACAGCCUGCCACACAAUUGCUUCCGCAUCCAGCACUACGCCGGCAAGGUGCUGUACCGUGCCGAGGGCUUUGUAGACAAGAACAACGACCUGUUAUACCGGGACCUGUCGCAGGCCAUGUACAAGGCCAACCACAGCCUCAUCAAACAGCUGUUCCCUGAAGGCAACCCCUCCAAAGUCAACCUGAAGAGACCCCCGACAGCUGGGUUCCAGUUCAGAGCAUCAGUGGGGACGCUGAUGAAGAACCUGCAGACCAAGAACCCAAACUACAUCCGGUGCAUCAAGCCCAAUGACAAGAAGGCCUCCCACAUCUUCACCGACUCUCUGGUCUGCCAUCAGGUGCGCUACCUGGGCCUGAUGGAGAACGUCCGCGUGAGGAGAGCGGGCUACGCCUUCCGCCAGGCCUACGAGCCGUGCCUGGAGCGCUACAAAAUGCUCUGCAAGCGGACCUGGCCCCAUUGGAGAGGGCCUGCCAGGGAAGGAGUGGAGGUGCUGAUGGCCGACCUCCCGGUCCCAGCAGAAGAGUUCUCCUACGGACGCUCCAAGAUCUUCAUCAGGAACCCAAGAACGCUCUUCUUCCUGGAGGAGAGGAGGAGGCAAUGCCUGCAAGACCUGGCCACACUCAUUCAGAAGAUCUACCGUGGCUGGAAGUGCCGCAGCCACUUCCAGCUGCUGAAAAAGAGUCAGAUAGUGGUGGCGGCGUGGUACCGGCGAUAUGCGCAAGAAAAGAAAUACCAGAAGAUCAAGAGUGCCACCACUGUGGUGCAGUCCUACACCAGAGGAUGGCAGGCCCGCAAACUGCUGAGAGAGCUGAAGUAUCAGAAGAGGUGUGAAGAGGCGGUGACCACCAUCUCGGCCUUCUGGCACGGCACCCAGGCUCGGAUGGAGCUGAGGCGUCUAAAACAAGAAGUGCGGAAUAAACACGCUGUGACAGUAAUUUGGGCAUACUGGCAGGGAACCAAGGCCCGGAGAGAGCUGCGUCAGCUGAAGGAGGAGGCGAGGAAUAGACAUGCCGUAUCGGUCAUUUGGGCCGGCUGGCAGGGCACCAAGGCUCGCAGGGAGCUGAGGACACUGAAGGAAGAGGCCAGGCGUAAGCAUGCUGUCGCUGUGAUUUGGGCCUACUGGCAGGGACUUAAGGUCCGCAGAGAGUACAGAAAGUUCUUCAGGGCAAAUGCAGGGAAGAAGAUCUAUGACUUCACCAUCCAGAGAAUUAUGCAAAAAUACUUCCUGGGCCUGAAGAGCACCAUGCCCUCCGUGUCACCCAUAGACAAGAGCUGGCCUGCCAAUCCUUACCGCUUCCUGGAUGGAGUCCACACAGAGCUGCGGAGAAUCUUCCAUCUCUGGAGGUGCAAGAAAUACAGGAGCCAAUUCACAGAGGAGAAGAAGGCGGUGUAUGAGGAGAAGCUGGAGGCCAGUCAGCUCUUCAAGGAUAAGAAGGCUCUCUACCCGAGCAGUGUGAGCCAGCCCUUCAAAGGAGACUAUCUGGAGAUCAGCAAGAACCCCAAAUAUCAGAAACUCAACAGCGCCGUGGAUGAGAAGGUUCUGCUGGCUGAUGUGGUCAACAAGAUCAACAGGGCCAAUGGCAAGGGUACGGCUCGAAUCUUCCUGCUGACUAAGAAGAGCGUGGUCCUGGCCGACCAGAAGACAGGCCAGGUGAAGGCCAGCGUUCCCCUGCCAGACCUCGCCAGCGUGUCGGUCAGCACGCAGAGCGACGGCUUCUUUGCUCUCAGACUCAAAGAGGGGUCGGCCUCAGCCGUCAAAGGAGACUUCUUACUCAGCAGCGAACGCCUGAUCGAGAUCAUCACCAAACUGCACCGCACCGGGGCCACGGCUGCAGACAGCGAGCAGCUCAACGUCGACAUCUCAGACGAGUUUCUUCUGCAGUUCAAGCACGACAAAGUAUGCGUGAAAUUCAUCCAGGGAGCCCCCAAGAACGGCAACAGCGUGUCGUGCAAGCGCAAGAACAACCGCCUGCUGGAGGUGUCGGUGCCCACAACAGCAUAGUGCAGCUCCCCGGCCAGAUUGGGGCGAAGAUUAAACACCGUAACCACCACCAACUCCGAAUCCUCUGGUCUCAAGAACCAUCACCGGUGGCCACCCUGAGCCCAGAAACAGUGCAGUUAUUCAGCUUGUUGUAUUGUUGUUGUUUUUUCCUUCAGUCUCUUCCUAUCAGAUUUACUAUUGCACCAUUAUAGCUGUAACUAUGUGCCACCUUUUUUUUUU